GCGCAAUUGUGUUUGUCCUCCGCGGUGUUCCGUAGUCGGGGGCUCACAGGUCCGUUUCUGAAAACACAGCGUUUUUGUCGGUUAAAUUCCUCUAGUAAAUUGUAUUUUGGUAGUGAAUUGUGCACAAUCUUACUAGUAAAAUUAAUUUAUUACAAUGGCAUACCAGCUCUACAGAAAUACGACGCUAGGAAACAGUCUGCAAGAGAGUCUUGACGAGCUAAUUCAGACCCAACAGAUCACUCCUCAGUUGGCGCUUCAGGUUCUCCUCCAGUUUGACAAAGCCAUCAACACGGCGCUGGCCAACCGGGUUCGCAACAGGGUCAACUUCAAGGGGUCACUAAACACCUAUAGAUUCUGUGACAACGUGUGGACCUUUGUUCUGAAUGACGUGGAGUUUAGGGAAGUGACAGAUCUGGUCAAGGUGGACAAAGUCAAGAUCGUCGCCUGCGAUGGGAAAAACACAGGCAAUGCUGCAGAGUGAACGAAGACAAUGGCAUCAGCUGAGACGUUACUGAUGAAGAGGAGGGUGGA